CGGCUUUGUGUUUUUCUCGCUCAGCUGCUCUGUGGGCCAGAAUCAAAACAUUCACCGUAUUUUGCACGGAGUUUCGCUUGCGGCUUUGCCACAUUUUUCAGUGAUCUCGUCCCACUGGUCCGCCGAGAUGUCUAAAGUCGUGCGUCGCGACAUUGGGCCGUUACUGCAGGAACUGCGCAACUUCCUGCUAGGUCGGAAACAUACGAAUGCGCUUCGCUUUGAGGACGGUAUUGCGGCCCGCACACAGCCCCCACCAAAUCUGCCCGAUGGGCCGGCACACAAGUUGGCGGCAAACCACUAUGUGCUGCGUGACGCUCGUCGUGAAGUAGCGCCGCCGGUCGAUGUGACCACACAGAAACUACUGACCGAAAAAGGAUCGUCUACUAAAUUGCCAACACCAGGAAAAUCGUACGGCUGGGACAAACACUAAUCCCUCCUCCCGCGUGAAGGCCGUAAAAGAACGAUAGAAAGAGAAAACGCAACCGUGUACAUGAACUACAACAGCCAGUUAGAGUAAUAAAAUUUCCACGUGUUCCAACGGGAAACGUGCCCCCAAACUUCGAGUCGAAGUUGGUUUCUUUCGGAACAUUUCCUUCUUCCUCCCAGUAGAACAACGCCAAGCAACGCAGUUUCAAUUUAGGCGACAAUUACCUUUAUUCACGUUUAUGAUCAAUACACGCGUUGGAUAUUGAAUUCUUUAUUUUACUCUUCCGUCGUACGUAUCGUUCAAUACGCGAUGUAGGACUUACACAAAAAAACAGCAAAAAGAAAACUUU